CGGCUUGGAGCUCCUGUAGGGACGGUGUUAAAUCACCCUUCACUUCCCCCCUCCUCUGUUACCGGAAUGGACGCGCGAGCGCGAGCCAAGCGCUACGAAAAGUUGGCCUUUCUGGGUGAAGGGCAGUUUGCAACUGUUUACAAAGCAAGAGACAAAAACACAAAUCAAAUUGUUGCUAUUAAAAAAAUUAAACUUGGACAUAGAUCAGAAGCGAAGGAUGGUAAGUAUUUGAAUUAUAUAAGUACAUACAGAUUAUUUGACAGUCAAAUUUUAUCCCAUCCUUCUCUGUCAGGGCUUCUAGAUGCAUUUGGACACAAAUCUAACAUCAGUUUAGUGUUUGAUUUUAUGGAAACAGAUUUAGAGGUUAUAAUAAAAGACACCAGUCUUGUGUUGACACCCUCUCACAUCAAAGCAUACAUGCUGAUGACGCUACAGGGUUUAGAAUAUUUACAUGAUCACUGGAUUCUUCAUAGGGAUCUUAAACCAAACAAUUUGCUGCUAGAUGAAAAUGGAGUUUUGAAAUUGGCUGAUUUUGGUUUGGCAAAAUCUUUUGGAAGUCCAAAUAGAGUUUACACGCAUCAAGUAGUAACAAGGUGGUAUCGAGCUCCUGAACUACUGUUUGGUGCUAGAAUGUAUGGCGUUGGUGUGGACAUGUGGGCAGUGGGAUGCAUAUUGGCUGAACUGCUUUUACGGGUUCCAUUUUUGCCAGGGGACUCAGACCUGGAUCAGCUCACAAGGAUAUUUGAAACCCUGGGUACUCCAACAGAGGAACUAUGGCCUGGGAUGACCAGUCUUCCAGAUUAUGUGACUUUUAAACAAUUCCCUGGAAUGCCGCUUCAUCACAUCUUCAGUGCCGCUGGUGAUGAUUUGCUAGAACUAUUGCAAGGCUUAUUUAUAUUUAAUCCUUCUACAAGGCUCACAGCUACUCAGGCAUUGAAACACAGCUAUUUUAGUAACCGACCUGCACCAACACCUGGAAACCAAUUGCCGAGACCCAACUGUCCUGCAGAAGCCUUGAAAGAACAACAAAAUCCAGUUCCAAAUCUGAAGAGGAAAAGAACAGAUGUUAAAGAUCAAGGGUUGCCAAAAAAAUUAAUAUUUUGACUAACAUGGAAAUGAGUAUUGAACAUUUUUGCUGCUGAAGACUGAAAAGAUGAAAUGUGAAGACUCAAGAUGAAUGUGGAAGAAAACUAAAAUUGUAAAU